GGGGGCGCGGGCGGGCGGCCGCCGGCGGUCGGGCGCGCAGUGCUCCUCGCGCAGGACCGGAGCGGUGUUCACUCGGCGGUGCGCCACGGCGCGACAUGCCCAGCUGAUGUUUAUUUAUACCGCGAGCUCGGUGGAGGGUGCGCGCGGGAGGCCCUCCCCUCCGCGGCACCACGGUUUCGCGUGAUGCAGCCGAGCGAACUUGUCGACACCGCGCACGCCACUAGCGGAAACCCCCCGCAGCGUGGCCUCAACGGUGGCCGUUUCGACUUUGACGAUGGUGGUACAUAUUGUGGCGGGUGGGAGGACGGCAAAGCCCACGGCCACGGUGUUUGUACUGGACCCAAAGGCCAGGGCGCCUACGCCGGCUCCUGGCACUUUGGCUUCGAGGUUUCCGGUGUCUACACCUGGCCCAGUGGCAGCGCAUACGAGGGCCAAUGGCAGAACGGCAAGCGACAUGGACUGGGCGUGGAGACCCGCGACCGGUGGCUGUACCGCGGCGAGUGGACGCAGGGCUACAAGGGCCGCUACGGCGUGCGCCAGAGCACCACCAGCAACGCCAAGUACGAGGGCACCUGGGCCAACGGACUUCAAGACGGAUACGGCUCCGAAACUUACGCUGAUGGCGGAACAUACCAAGGACAAUGGAUGCGCGGCCUGCGGCACGGGUACGGUGUGCGAACGUCGGCGCCCUUCGGCCUGGCCUCGCACUACCGAGGAGGCGCGCGAGGGCACCGAGGCUCGCAGUCCUCGCUGGCGGACGCGGCGGGGACGCCGGACCCUUCCGAACGUCGCACGACGCGCAUGGACGACGCGCGCGGAGGCUUCGUGCUUACGGCCAGCUCCGAGGAACCGGGCCGCCGUGGUUCGCUGGCAGAAAAACCUAAAAAGGGACUGCUAUCUAAAUUACGUAAGCAGCGUAGUGCAGGAGAGUUGGACAAGCGCGGCACGGGAUCGGUGCGGUCGGGUGGCUCGGGGGGCUCGGCCUCCUCCUGGGUGUCGUCGGUGGAGAGCUCCCACUCCGCCAUGACCCAUGCCUCGCUGCAGACUAACUCUAAUGCAAGCUUCGUUGUUGAGGAUGAACACUUAGAUGCGAGUGUAACAGAGACAUACAUGGGUGAAUGGAAAAAUGACAAGCGGACUGGAUUCGGUGUUAGUGAACGCAGCGACGGGCUUCGGUACGAAGGCGAAUGGUUCGCAAACAGAAAAUAUGGAUAUGGUGUUACUACUUUCCGCGAUGGCACAAGAGAAGAGGGCAAAUACAAAAAUAACGUACUCAUAACGAGUCAGAAACGGAAACACAUGUUCCUUAUGCGCUCCGCCAAAUUCCGCGAACGAGUCGACUCGGCCGUCAACGCGGCGCAGCGUGCCUCAAAGAUCGCCUUACAGAAAGCUGAUAUAGCCAUAUCAAGAACCUCCACUGCCCGAGGUAAAGCGGAACAAGCCGAUGAAGCGGCAGACCAAGCAAAAGAAGACUGUGAUCUUGCGCAAACUACUGCAAAACAGUUCGCUCCAGAUUUCAAACACCCUGGCUUUGAUCGAAUAGGAUUAAGAGACAGAUACAGACAAAAGCAUUACGAUGCACAAGUCACGACACCCGUAUCACAAGAAUCUGAAAAGAUCUUGGACUCAAAGAGCAUUCCAAACCAUAUCCCUCCGAUGCAUUCACAGCUCCCUAAUGCUAAUAAAAUGCCCAAUGCGAUGCCUUCAAGACGACCUUCUACGCAAUACCCCAAUACACAAUAUCCUAAGCCCGCUUUAUCUACAGAUCCAAGACUCGCGAACAGUACUAACUACAGUGCAGACAACAGGGUACUUGGACCUACUUAUGAUCAAUAUUAUUCACCCAAUCAAGAUAACUGGUCAUCACCAAAUACACAACCACAAAUGUUAGAUAGUCAAAAACAAUACUUACAAAAUGAACCAAGUAAUGUCUACGGAUCUAUUCCUCAAAGUGGCCAACAACAACAGCAACAGCUUCCCGCAUCUUAUCGUUUAAACAGGCAAGACGCGUUGCAGCAUCAACAAAGUAUGGACCAAAGCAGCCAGCAAUAUAUAAACCAAGGUCGACGACUUUCAUCAACGGUACGACAAAACCAAAAUCAAAGACAACCUCAAGAGUGGAGUACCGCUCAAAAUCUCCCAAGGCGGCAAAGCGUGCUCGCACAACCGAACCACGAUACUCAAGAACAUGUCUUCGUGGAUGGGGGUACAGCUGCUUACGGAAGAAACGAAUUCCGAAGCGGCACUGUAUAUUCCGAGGGACCACUGGAUAGAACACAAAUGCCAACGGACCAAGCUUAUCGGCAAACAAUGGAUCAAGGGUAUCGGCAGCCACUAGAUCAACAAGGAUAUGCUCGACCAACACCAGAUCAGCAAAUGUACCGCCAAGCUCCUCCAGAUCAACAGGGGUAUCGACAGCAAGGGCCUACAGAGCAAGACAUUGUCAAUGGAAACAGGCCGUCUGGCCCACGACCAUCUAUCGAUUACUUUGAUCACUAUAAAAGACCACCAAGUAGAGACUCCAGUGUGGACCGCUUUGGUAGGCGCUCACGGCAGCCGUCUGUGGAAGCCACGGCACCUAGCGGAGGGUCACGUGCUGGCUCAGUGGCCCCGCAGCCGCAGCCGGCACCCGCGUCGCGCCCUGCUUCUCGUGCAGCGACUCCAGCAGGCAACGGUCAUUUGACUUCCGGCCGUGGUUCCAUUUCUCGAGCCGGCUCGCGAGAACCACAACCUUUCGAAGAUUCUCUCCUACGAAAGCGAACGCUUGGGCAAGAAAUAUCACCAUCACCAUAUCAGCCGAAGCGCACUGAAAGCUUAUUCGUGGCGCAAAAUCCUGCCCCACCUCCAAUUUCAAAGCCAAGCGGUGGAGGCGGCGGAGGCGGAGGCGGAGGUGGAAGAAAGAUGCUGAGUACGCCGCAGACGCUGCAGCGCAAGAAGUCACUGCCCGACGUGGCCGGCAUGCCGCGGAUGCCGGACGGCGGCGGCAUGUCGCGCGAGGAGGUCUCGGCGCUGGGCUCCGCGCGCCGCGAGGAGGUGCGCCGCAUGUACGAGGAGUCCGAGAAACUUAGGGCCAACCCCCUGCUGUACUUAGUCAGUCCACAAGUCAAGGACUGGUUUUCAAGGCAGCAGCUGGUUAUCCUCGUGCUCUUCAUAAACAUCUCUCUGGGCAUAAUGUUUUUUAAGCUGCUCACGUAGCGCCGGCGUAUGGCGCCACCGCGCCCGAGUUGUACACUUUAUAACGACAACUAUUUUGUAAAUAUUUGUAAUACUUCUCAACCCAAAAUAGCCAAACAAUUAAUUUAUAUUAUUCAUCAAAAAAUCUUAAUAGCUCUAUUCCUAAGAAGUCCUUUUGAUACGAGUUACCAUUUAAAUAUACCUAUUACGACUAUAAACGUAUUUAUUCGUCGAUAAGAACUUCAAUUUGCUAGUGUAUGUAAUUCUUUUGUCUUUGUGCAAGUGUGAAGUUUGUAUGACAAGGAUAAAAAGUGAAAAAUAUUUAUAAUUACGACUCCAACGUCGAACUGUUAUCAAAUACUAUAUAAAAUAUGUGCGAGAGUGAUAUUUUGUGUCCACUAGUCGGAAACUUCGAGUGCAAGGAGUACGAGUUGUUAAUGAACCUGCAUAUUGUAGGUUUAUGCCUUCGAUGAUAGUGCUUAACGCCUUAACUGCAAUUGUUGAAUUUGAUUGAUGACUACGUACAGCUUUAGAAGAUGGUUGAUGGCCGACGUAGGAGGCUACAUUUAUUGUUAUAUUAAGAACUAACGGCGCUCGCUGAGCCGUCGUUUAUUUUCUUAUUUACUGCGAUUCAAGUGCAGUUAUUCGGUUGGGAGACGUCACUAACCGUACUCCUUUAAUUUUAUGUUUAUAGUUAUUUGUAAAAAAAAUAACUCAAAACUCUUAGCAUAUCUAUAUCAAUCUCAUUUCCAGCGAUACUUGAGUGUGAUAAUUGAGAGCACAAAAUUGAUUUAUUAUGUCUAAUUCUAUUUACUUAAGAAUGUUUACAAACAUUCACUAAAAUAUGUGCAAGAAUAUGUAUGUAAAAUAAUUACCUACACAAAAUUGAUUGUUAUUUCUAUAUUGAUAAACAAAAAGAAAAAAAGCACAAAAGCUUUAUUAUCCUAUUUUGUAAAUUAUUGAAUUGUGUAAAAACUGAUAGAGAAACCAAAUCUAAACUAUAAUGAAAAUAGGCUUUUUUGUAAACCUAUGAUGUCAAUUCUUUAAUAAUUAAUCGACGAUUUUGUAUAGUCUGUAGAAUAAAUCUUAUUGAAUUCUAUUGGCAUAGGAAGCAUCAAGGCUACUGUUGCGAAUAAACAACGAACGUUG